UUCCGUCACUUCUGUUAUUCCAUCUCUUUUGACUUUGAGACCAAUGAUAUCAUUUAUUGUGAUAUCCAUUAUUAUUAUCAAUAUAAAUUCAGAUUUCUCUUCUCUAACUUCCGACUUCCACCAACACAUCCAACUCCAUUCUGUGCUUGCGGGGGCUCAGUGCUCCGUCCAAUCACUCCUUGGCAAACGCAAAGCUGCAAUGAAAAGCCUUAUUUCAAUACUCGUGUUUGCACAUAAUGACACUCUGUUCUUGGUUGAUCAGCCACGAAACUCACCCAAACUGAAACUGCAUCCUAUUUGCAUGCAAUUCAACACGCUUUGUAUAGGAUUUUAGUCAAUCAGACCCUAAAUAUAACAGAUUUUGGGUGCAGUCCUCCUCAACUUUUGGUAACCCCUCUGCACCCCCAUGUACAAUCGUCAGGAUCCGCCCUGGGAAACCUUUAGUUUUUCUCUUAUCUACAGACCUGAUGAUUUACCAAGACACAGCUCCACUACAAUAGAGCACUAAAAGUAGGACCAAGUGAUUUGUACUGUUAACAUCGACUUUCAGUCCUAAAGGCGAGCAUACACGUUUCUUUGAUGGAUGAUCUGCCGGACUCGGUGCGUCAGAUGUGAUAAUGGUCCACCCAUACAGCCCGGCCGGGCGGAGGCAGGGACAGAAGCGGCGCGUCCGCGGACGGGAAGCAGCUCAGUGGCUGUGCGCGCGCGCACCUCCCCUCUCCGUGGCGCGGCGCGCAGCCUCCUCUCGCUGCGCUGCGCGCGGAGCCCUGCGAUUCCUGCUCUCCGUGCCAGAACCUGCAGCUGUCUCUGUUGCGUCCCGCCGCCGCCGCCGCCGUGGGAACUCUUCGUCCCGCAGACCGGUCCGCCCCCCCUCCCCUCCCCCUGAAGUGCGAGCGCAGAAAAACCGAAGGAUAUCUCAACUUUUUUUGAACAUUUUCGCAAACACUGUUUGGAGACUGAUUGAAGACACCUGAAUGUGUGUGGCGCCCCGUCCGCGUGCUGACUGAAGUCUUCGCACGGCUACAGGAAUGUGGAGCGCAAGUCUAACUCAACGUAGAAGGACCUACCUCUGCCCCUGACACCAUGACCACAGACUUGAACUUGACCUCUCUGCUAAAUGUGACAGAUCUGCACAACCACACAAGAGGAUGUUCCCUCACCAAGACGGGGUUCCAGUUCUAUUACCUGCCCACCGUUUACAUCAUGGUGUUCAUCACCGGGCUGGUGGGCAACAGCCUGGCCAUUUGGAUGUUCGUGUGCCACAUGAGACCGUGGAGCAGCAUCUCCGUCUACAUGUUCAACCUGGCCCUGGCUGACUUCUGCUACGUUCUCUCGCUGCCUUUUCUCAUUUUCUACUACUUCAAUAAAACGGACUGGAUAUUUGGAGACGUGCUGUGCCGACUGCAGCGCUUCAUCUUCCACGUGAACCUCUAUGGGAGUAUCCUGUUUCUCACCUGCAUCAGUGUUCACAGGUACACCGGUGUGGUGCACCCACUCAAGUCCCUCGGCCGGCUGAAGAAGAAAAAUGCUGUAAUUACGAGUGCGUUGGUCUGGGUGGUGGUUGUUCUAGCUAUCUCCCCCAUUCUUUAUUAUUCCAGGACUGGCUUGAAGCGUAAUGCAACCACUUGUUACGACACCACCAUUGAUCAUGAGCUACAGGGUUAUUUCAUCUACAGCAUGACUUUGACUGUGUUUGGCUUCUGUAUUCCGUUUAUCAUCAUAUUUUGUUGCUACGGCAUGAUCGUCAAAGCGUUAAUCUGCAACGAUAUGAACAACGCGCCCCUGAGGCAGAAAUCCAUCCACCUGGUCAUCAUAGUGCUUGCAGUCUUCGCCGUCUCCUACCUGCCUUUCCACGUAAUGAAGAACCUGAACAUGAGAGCGCGGCUUUACUUCCAGAGCCCCGACAUGUGUGAGUUUAACAACCGUGUCUACGCCACGUACCAGGUGACACGGGGGCUGGCCAGCCUCAACAGCUGCGUGGAUCCUAUCCUUUACUUUCUGGCUGGAGAUACGUUCAGGAGGAAGCUGUCACGGGCCACUAAGAAGCCCUCGAGGAAGGGGGACCAUGUCCUCCAGUCCAAGAGCGAGGAGACGGCGCUCAACAGCCUGGCUGAGUACGUGGAGAAUGGAGACCGGAGGCUGUGACGGAGCACGUCUGUGUGGACGCCUGUCUGCGUUCAGCAACACGAUGGAGCCAGAAUGAGCAAAUGCACUGCGUAGACUGAAGACUUCAUGUAGAACCUAUUGGACGAUGGUUAGUAGGACUGUAGGCGCCCAUUUAGCCCUGUGAGAACCAUCGCUUGCUUGAAGCCUGUCGAUGUUGAUAAGCUAUUGUACUGUAUUGUUCCGUACAUGUAUUAUACUCUAAAUGUUAGAGCCAUCCCUCCUCUCUCUUAUCCAGUAGUGUAGUUAGUGUUACUUACACUUUGGACACGAUGAUGAACCAGGUUAAGGGAAAUUGGCUGUCCUGCAGGCAAUAAUGUCCUGUUCGUCAAUCGGUUGUGUGAAAAUAGGACUGAGAAUGAACUGCACCUUCUGAAGCCACAAGCUGAUGUUUAAUCAAUGGCUAUUAAGCAGGCGACAGCUCGAGCUUAAGUAAGUGUACCUGGGAUGUCUCUUAGAGUAGAAAAAGCCAAUGCACUGAACCUGAGAGCGCUGCGUGGACGUACCAUGCAGUCAUUGUAAUGCACUAUGACCGGGGGCCUCUCCGCUCGGAGAGCGACCCAUCACUCCUCAUUUCUUCCUCCAUCUAUUACUGACUGGGCCGGCAAUGCACCCGACUCCUUUUUCAUUGUGACAGCUCUGAGGUUAGGGUCCACGACGAUUCUGUUACCACAAUCUUUCCCUCCUUAGUGUGUUCCCUGUGGAAAGGAGAAAAAAAAAGAGAAGUCAAUAUUAACAGUAUUUUUGCGUGUAUGAUGCUACAAUUAAUGUCAUUUUUGAGGUGUGCUGUACAGGGUGUUGUGGAGUUUCAGAUUAGUUUGUGUCAGUAUCACUAAUCCAGAUCUUUUAGUGCAUGAAUCAGUGAAACACUCCAGUGUUUAUGGCAACUUAGAAAAACUUUAGACACACGCACAGACUCAGUCACCUGCUUCGUGACUCCGUCGGCAUAUUGAAGAUGUGAAUAGUGCACCGUGUCUGUGUUCUGGCAGGUAAUCAUUUCUGUUUCGUAUCUGUUGUAAACAUUCUGGAGAAAUGAUUGUGGCGCUCUCUCGGUAUAUAUUUUACCCUGGUCUAUGUAGAUGUUUGAUGUUUGUACUAAUUUCUUUGUAAAUCUGUUGUGGUCAAGAUAGAAAGUAAAUCAGCUGUACAG